UAUAUUCUACCGCGAACGGCCACACUAAAGGGGAGUGAAAUUGAUUUUCUGAUAAAAAUUUUCGCUCGAGCUCCAGCAUCGGACACUUUAUAUAUCCUGCAAUUAAAUAUAUAUAUAAUUAGCGACUUGGACUAACCAGCAGACAGCGCACAAGAUGAUCGGCGGCCUGUUCGUCUACAACCACAAGGGCGAGGUGCUGAUCUCGCGAGUCUACCGCGACGAUAUCGGUCGCAAUGCCGUGGACGCCUUUCGGGUCAACGUCAUCCACGCCCGCCAGCAAGUGCGCUCGCCAGUGACCAACAUUGCGCGGACCAGCUUCUUCCACAUCAAGCGAGCAAACAUUUGGCUGGCGGCUGUGACCAAGCAGAAUGUGAACGCCGCCAUGGUCUUCGAGUUCCUCCUAAGGAUCAUCGAGGUGAUGCAGUCGUACUUCGGCAAGAUCUCCGAGGAGAACAUCAAGAACAACUUUGUGCUCAUCUACGAGCUGCUGGACGAGAUCCUGGACUUUGGCUACCCGCAGAACACGGACUCCGGCACCCUGAAGACCUUCAUCACGCAGCAGGGCAUCAAGUCGGCCACCAAGGAGGAGCAGAUGCAGAUCACCUCGCAGGUCACCGGCCAGAUUGGCUGGCGUCGCGAGGGCAUUAAAUACAGGCGCAACGAGCUCUUCCUGGACGUCCUGGAGUACGUGAACCUGCUGAUGAGCCCCCAGGGUCAGGUAUUGUCCGCCCAUGUGGCCGGCAAGGUGGUGAUGAAGUCGUAUCUGUCGGGCAUGCCCGAGUGCAAGUUCGGCAUCAACGACAAGAUCGUGAUGGAGUCCAAGGGCCGUGGCCUCUCCGGCAACUCGGAGGCGGAAACCUCGCGCUCCGGCAAGCCCGUUGUGGUCAUCGACGACUGCCAGUUCCAUCAGUGCGUCAAGCUGAGCAAGUUCGAGACGGAGCACUCGAUCAGCUUCAUCCCGCCGGACGGGGAGUUCGAGCUGAUGCGCUACCGCACCACCAAAGACAUUUCGCUGCCAUUCCGGGUCAUUCCGCUGGUGCGCGAGGUGGGACGCACCAAGAUGGAGGUCAAGGUGGUGCUGAAGUCCAACUUCAAGCCCUCGCUGCUGGGCCAGAAGAUCGAGGUGAAGAUACCCACGCCGCUAAACACCUCGGGUGUGCAGCUCAUCUGCCUGAAGGGCAAGGCCAAGUACAAGGCCUCCGAGAACGCAAUCGUGUGGAAGAUCAAGCGCAUGGCGGGCAUGAAGGAGACGCAGCUGUCGGCCGAGAUCGAGCUGCUCGAGACGGACACCAAGAAGAAGUGGACCCGGCCGCCGAUCUCGAUGAACUUCGAGGUGCCGUUUGCGCCAUCCGGAUUCAAGGUGCGCUACCUCAAGGUGUUCGAGCCCAAGCUCAACUACUCCGACCACGACGUGGUCAAGUGGGUGCGCUACAUCGGACGCAGCGGACUCUAUGAGACGCGCUGCUAGAGUGGAGCAAGAGUAUCACAGUUGAAUUUAACGAAUUGAAUGAAUGGAGAACGUGUUACCGCAUCUAUUGGUAUUUCCUCAAUCAAAUUGAACCAGCAGUUAAUGUAUUCCAUGCCGUAUACCGCACACACUGCCUCCGCGAGCACUGGUUAUGCGGGCGGGGCGUGUUCCCUAUAGACAUACAUACCACUAGGUACUAUGAUUUACCCUACUAUGUAAUUGUAAACUAUGUUGUUUUAUAUGCGUCGCCUGUAUGGAACGCCUCUCAAAUCUCACGCUCACGUUUUCACAACUCUAAUUAUUAUUUGUAUUAUCGUAUUAUAAAUAUACAUAUAUAUUAAUCAUUAUUUUCAUUGUGCAAGGAACAA